CGCGUCGAACGGUCAACGACUUACUACGCAUAGUCGGUCGCAAUCGGCGCAGGUCGCAGGUAGAUGCGCGCGGCCCGGGAGGGUGUAGGAGCGUCAUCGCUCGUGAGUAGAGAUACCCGGGAGCCGCCGAGGGCGCGGCGUCGCCUCUCACCUCCGCGUUCCCACGCUCUGUCGCGUGUCUGAUCGCGCGAAGUGACCCGUGAAGGAGGCCCAGGAACGCGUCGACGAGGAGAAGUGCUGCGACGAUGGCGACGACGUCGGGCCUACAAAGGGAUGACCGGGGACGCGGAAUUUACCGACGCGCCAAACUCGGCCUGCUCUUGCUGACAGUUUGCUGCCUCAACGUCGCCGACGCGGCGACCGGAUCCCAGGAUGCGGAGAGCCACUGCGUCUGGUACGGGGAGUGCUUCACGGACCCCAUGGGUCACGCUAAGAACUGUCCUUACACCGGGCCCCCGAAGCCCUUGGACAACGAGGGCCAGAAACUCCUGGCGAAGCAUUGCUCCCAUCUCCUCCCCAAGAACGGCAGGGAGACCCUGGCCUGCUGCGACAUCGCCCAGCUGAAGAGGCUCGACAGCAGCAUCAACCUCGCGGCCAACUUCCUCAGCAGGUGCCCCAGCUGCCUCGACAACCUGGUGCGCCACUUCUGCGAGUACACCUGCAGCCCCCACCAGAGCGACUUCGUCAACGCCACCAGCAUCAAGACGGACGAGAAGAAGAAUGUGUCCUACAUCGACGGGAUCCAAUUCUACGUUACGGAGAAAUACGUUAACGGCACCUACGACUCCUGCAAGCAGGUUUCGGUCCCCAGCACUGGCCAGCUCGCCCUGGACUUCAUGUGCGGCGAGCCCGCCAGUCGGUGCACGGCUUAUAAGUGGUUUAAGAACAUGGGGAACGCCAUGGAGAACCCUUACGUGCCCUUCGAGAUCGUCUACGUUACCUCGGACGAACCUGUCGGGCCCUACACUCCGGUGGACCCCCCCAUCACGCCCUGCAGCAAGCCCCUUAAGCCUGGGGUGCCUGCCUGCAGCUGCGUGGACUGCCAGGAAAGUUGCCCGGUGCCCCCACCGGCGCCUCCCCUCCCGGAGCCCUUCAUCCUCCUCGGCUACGACGGCUACAAGGUCGUCACCACCAUCAUCUUCGUCCUGGGGACCACCCUCUUCCUCCUGCUGGUAGUAUGCUUCGGCAAUAGGAAGCAAAUCGUUGCACGAGGGGAGGAGGUGGGGAGGCAGGUUGGUAGACGUCUUGCCGCUGGGCUGCAUCACCCUGGGGAUGGUGCUCGUAUUGCCCUCGCAGCUGACCAAGAGGACAGUCCGCUCCAGUCGAAGCGUUCCAGCGUCGUAUCGGCAGAUGAUUUACCCGAUGGCAUCGAAGAAGACAGGUCGACAUUUAUCGAGAGACUCGGAGCGAACACGGACAAAGUCCUGGAGGAGUUUUUCCGCGCCUGGGGAACAGCUUGUGCUUCUCGGCCAUGGCUGAUUCUCUUCCUGGGCUUCUUGGUCAUUGUUGGCCUUGGCCAUGGAAUCAAAUACAUGAUCGUGACGACUGACCCUGUACAGUUGUGGGCUGCUCCUAAUUCUCGGUCUCGGGUCGAAAGGACUUACUUCGACAGCCACUUCGAACCCUUCUACAGGAACGAGCAGAUCAUCAUCACUGCCGUGGGCCUGCCGAACAUCGCGCACAACACGUCAAACGGCCUGAUAACGUUCGGGCCCGUUUUCAACAAAGAGUUCUUGCUGACGAUCCACGAGCUGGAGCAGGAGAUAAAGAAGCUGAGGACGCCCAACAACGAGUCCCUGGCCGACAUCUGCUUCGCUCCCAUGACGAGUCCCUUCACAGGAGAACGCACCGUCUCGCAAUGCGUCGUCCAGAGUAUUUGGGGAUAUUGGCAGGACAGCGUCGAGCGAUUCAACGAGACGAGUGUCGAGAGAUCCGCCGACGAUGCCCUAGAAACCGAUACCGACGUCGAGGACGGAUACGUCAUCAAUUACCUGGACCAGUUCAUGCUGUGCUCACAGAACCCAUACAAUCCCGAAUGUCUGGCAACUUAUGGAGGUCCCGUGGAUCCCGCGAUAGCAGUCGGUGGAUUCCUAAAACCAGGCCAGACUUUAGCGAAUCCGGAAUACGAGAAAGCCACCGCGCUAAUUCUCACCUUCCUUGUCAAUAAUUACCACAACAAGACCAAGCUACAGCCGGCCAUGGAAUGGGAGAAGAAAUUCGUCGGGUUCAUGAAGAAUUGGACCGCGACGAAGAAGCCGGCUUACAUGGACGUGGCCUUCACCUCGGAGCGAUCCAUCGAGGACGAACUGGACCGAGAAUCUCAGUCCGACAUCCUGACGAUCCUCGUGUCCUACAUCAUCAUGUUCGCCUACAUCGCCGUGUCCCUCGGUCAGAUCCGCACCUGCAGUCGGCUUCUGAUCGACUCGAAGAUCACCCUGGGUCUCGGGGGUGUCCUGAUAGUCCUGGCCUCGGUCGUCUGCUCGGUGGGCUUCUUCGGGUUCAUCGGACUGCCCGCCACCCUGAUCAUCAUCGAGGUCAUCCCCUUCCUCGUGCUCGCCGUCGGGGUGGACAACGUCUUCAUCCUCGUGCAGACUCAUCAGAGGGAAGGUCGCAGGCCGAACGAGUCCAUUCCUGAGCACAUCGGACGCACCUUGGGCCAGGUCGGACCCAGCAUGCUCCUCACGAGCGUAUCCGAGAGUUGCUGUUUCUUCCUGGGUGGCCUUUCGGACAUGCCCGCCGUAAAAGCCUUCGCCUUGUACGCCGGAAUGGCUCUUUUGGUGGACUUCCUCCUGCAGAUCACCUGCUUCGUCAGUUUAUUAUCCUUGGACACCUUCCGACAAGCUAACAACCGCCUGGACGUCUGCUGUUUCAUGAGGAGCUCGAAGAAAGACAAUGGCGAAGAGAUAGUCGACGGGAUCCUCUACAAGAUCUUCAAGGUUGCCUAUGUUCCGAUGCUGAUGCACAAGUGGGUUCGGGCCAGUGUGAUGGUAGUCUUCUUCGGCUGGCUCUGCACCAGCAUCGCAGUGGUUCCUCACAUAGAAAUCGGCCUUGAUCAAGAACUGUCCAUGCCUGAGGACAGCUUUGUACUGAAAUACUUCAAGUUCCUGAAUAACUAUCUGUCCAUCGGACCUCCUAUGUAUUUUGUCGUUACGGAGGGUCUGAAUUAUUCUGACACGAAGACGCAGAAUGUAAUCUGCGGAGGGCAAUAUUGUGACCUCGAGUCCCUGUCGACACAAGUAUUCAUCGCAGCCCAGCAACCGGAUAGGAGUUACAUUGCAAAGCCUGCCUCCUCCUGGCUGGACGAUUACUUUGACUGGUCAGGCUCUCCCAACUGUUGUAAAUAUUUCCCAGGGAACAACACCUUCUGUCCGCAUACUGACUAUUCCUGUGCGAGCUGUAAAAUCUCACUCUUACCGAAUAACCGUCCCAAUUCCACGGACUUUGAGAAGUACGUGUCGUACUUCCUGCAAGACAACCCGGAUGAGAACUGCGCCAAGGCUGGUCACGCCGCCUAUGGCCAAGGAGUGAACUAUAUGACCAACGACAAGACUGGCAGGUCCACGGUAGGGGCAUCGUACUUCAUGGCUUACCAUUCUAUCCUGAAAACCUCUUCGGACUACUACGAAGCCAUGAGAGCUGCUAGAAAAGUGUCAGCGAACAUCACAGACACGAUCAGGGAUCGCCUUAAGCUUCAAGGAAAGGAGUCGGAUGUCGAGGUGUUCCCCUACAGUGUCUUCUACGUCUUCUACGAGCAGUACUUAACGAUGUGGCCUGAUACCCUGAAAAGCAUCGGCAUUUCCUUACUGGCUAUCUUCGUGGUGACUUUCCUACUGAUGGGCUUGGAUAUCUUCUCCUCCCUGGUGGUGGUUAUCACGAUCACUAUGAUUGUAGUUAAUAUCGGUGGACUGAUGUACUGGUGGCACAUCACUCUCAACGCCGUUUCAUUAGUAAAUCUUGUUAUGGCUGUUGGUAUUGCUGUCGAGUUUUGUAGCCACUUGGUGCACUCCUUCUCCGUAUCGGUAGAAGCAACUAGGAUAGAACGGGCAGCUGAUGCCCUCACCAGCAUGGGCAGUUCUGUAUUCAGUGGUAUUACUCUCACCAAAUUCGGUGGGAUCAUCGUCCUUGGCUUUGCAAAAAGCCAAAUCUUUAAGGUAUUCUACUUCAGGAUGUACCUAGGUAUCGUGUUGUUCGGUGCUGCACACGGUUUGAUAUUCCUGCCUGUACUGCUCAGCUAUAUCGGCGUGAUGUCCAGCCGAGGGUACCUACGUACCCGAAUCCACGCCCAGGGCUCCGGGGACAAGUUUCAGGUUGUCCAACCCGACGACCCUUCAUCCCCGCUUCUCGAGAAUCAUCCCAAUCAGUGUCCAACCACCUCCUACGCCAGUGUGAAUUCAGUCAGCACCAUCUACCAGGGAGACCACCAACAACCGCACUGAUAGCACCCCAACACGUAGCUCGGGUACAUUGGAAUUCGACAAAAUUCCCUAUAAGUCUCCAAAAUGUGACUAUAAGCUGCUCGAGUAGACUGGGAUUUCUUGGAAUCCCCUAGUGGUCCCCAGGAUGAACUAACUGUGCCCUCUACCGGUGGCUCCAUCAACAAUUGCACCAGUGGCGCAUCUACGCAUUGCUCGAGUACUUUUGGAUCACUUGGAAUCCCUUGAAACUUCCCAGAAGUUUCAUAACAUAUCUGCAGGCUUUUUAAGAAAAGUGAGAUUCCCUAAAACGUUCCAGAGCACAUUUUACAUCGUUUAUGGAUGCCGGGUCUUCCUAGAAUCCCCUAGUGAUGCUCAGGAUUACCAGUGCCAUCUGCAUGAGACUCCGUCAACCGUUGCGCCAGUGACACCUCUACACGUUACUGGAGCACAUUUGGAUCACUUGGAAUCAACUUGACCCCCGCAAACGUCUCCAGAGCACGUCUAUGAGCUGCUCCAGUGGACUGGGAUUCCCUGGAUUCCCCUAGUGGUUCCUAGAAUGAAUUAGCAGUUCCAUCUACCCGUGGAGCCAUCAACGAUCAUACUUGUAACACCUAUAUACGUUACUCAAGCACAUUUGGAUCACCUGGAAUCCCUUGAAACUUCCCAGAAGUCUCCAGAAUGUGUCUACAAGUUGCUUGAGUAGACUGGGAUUCCCUAAAACCUCUCAGAGCACGGUCUACACAUCAUUUGAAGGCGUCGGGGUUUCUUAGAAACCCCUAAUGGUCCCUAGGAUCGACUAUCAAUGUCAUAUCUAUUUGCAACUUGUGAACAGCGGCGCCAGUGGCACCUCUACACAUUUGGCUCACCUGGAAUAUUCUAAAAUUCCCCAGAAGUUCCCAGGACCGACUGUAAAACAUCCGUGACACUACCAACAAUUCUGUCGAUGGCCUCUAGAUGUCUCUCGAGGACGGGAUUCCCCAGAGCCAACGCGAGUCGUGGGAUGAUGUUUCCCUCCGGCUUAAAGUUAACCCCACUCCGUAAUGUCUGCGUAAUGUCUCCGUAAUGCGUGUACGUGUGUCCUUUGUGUACGUGUAUGACAGUUUUGGGAGAGAAUGAAAAAGGAUUAAUUCGCGGAAACGGGACACGAGCGGUCGACUUUUCUCUCCGAGGAGUUCGUUAAGUGUCGAAGUGAUACGUGAAAUGCCUUUAGUUGGUAUCGCGAGCGAUAUUUGGUACGACUAGAACUUUUCCCUUUUAAUUCUGAAAUACUCCGCUGCUGAAUCGAGGCGGAAGAGGUCAAGGGUAUAGAGCUUAGGAUUAUUUAAUAGUAUGUACAGAUUACAGGGAAAAGCGAGGUUAGGAUCACUUAAUAGUCUCCGAGUCUCGUUCCUGGUGUUCCGAAUUACGUUACUGCGAAUUAGUUGCUUCGAAGUUAGGAGUCUAUUCCUAAUUUAUCGUAGUAAUAUUGUAAGUUGACUUAAGUUUCCUUUAUCUUUAGUUUAUCACUAAUUAAUCUCGCUUUUGGUAAGCCGUGAUGGCUUUAUUUCUAAUCUCAAUAUUUCCAAGUGAAAACGACCGCUCGAGCCCUUUCUUGGUUUCCUAUUUCUAUCCCGAAUUUGCGAGAGUUCCGGCCGAGGAACGAGACCAAAGCGAAAAGAAACUUUGUCGCAAAGACGAGGAAGAAAUCGCGAGUUCUUUCUGCCUGUUGUUCUUUUUCACUGAAUAUUUUACUUAACUUCAUCUUUGGUUCCUUCGAACGUCUC